AUGAAUAGCCUCACAAGCUAUUGCUGCGGGAUCUGCAAGGCUGCGGUGGAAAAGGACGGCGACCUGCCCUUCUGCGACCACUGCCAGCAAUUCUUCCACUACGAGUGCGCGCAGCUCGAGAAGGGUGUCAAGGACGAUUCUUGGAGGUGCCCCAACUGCGCGACCGAAAUGGAGGUCACCCAGGUCAUCGUGAAGUUUGACGACCUGGAAAAGACCCUGCAGGAGCUGGAAGCAGAAGCGAAGCGCCAGGAGGAGAGAAUCGUCGCGGAACAACAGCUGCACAAACGUCGCCUGGAGCUGCAACAGCAAACACAGCAGCGCCAACAAGAGGCCGAAAGGCAGAUGCUGGCCCUUGAGCAGCAGCUCAUGGAGCAACAACUCGCUGCCGAGAAGCAGUUCCAGGAACAGCAGAAAAAGAACAAGGAAGAUUUCGAGGCCAAGAUGGCACAACUAAAGGCCGAGGCAAAGACUGGCCCCAGCGGAAUCUCAACGCCGCUCCGGCAUCCGGGAGUUACGAUUCCAGAAGUACCCAAACCAAAACCGACUCCGAUACCGGUGGACUCAGGUGAAGAGGGUAACGGCAACGAAGGAGACGAGUCCGGCUCGGACACUAGCGGAACGGAGACGGAAUCCAGUUCGUCGGAUGAGCAGGAAAAAGCGGAAGUAGAACCACCCAAGCAGCUACGGGGGCCAACGAAGGCGCAGCUUACUGCCCGCCAGUUCUUGGCCAGAAAACUGCCCGUAUUCACUGGACGCUGCGAAGAGUGGCCAAUGUUUAUAAGCAGCUACGAGACGUCGAACCUGGCCUGCGGAUUUUCGAACGUCGAGAACCUCGCCAGACUGCAAGACAGCAUUCGGGAGCCAGCGUUGACCAACGUGCGCAGCCUACUGUUGCUGCCCGAGAAGGUCCCGGCGGCGAUCGAAACUCUACGCAUGCUGUACGGCCGGCCCGAACAGCUGCUCAACACGCUGCUGAUCAAGGUACGGAAGGCCGACUCUCCCAGGUCGGAUCGUCUGGAGUCGUUCAUUUACUUCGGCGUCGUGGUCCAGCAGCUCGUAGACCACCUCGAGGCCACCCACAUGAACGAUCACCUGGUCAACCCACUGUUGAUCCGAGAGCUGGUGGAGAAACUACCCGCCGGGUCGAAACUCGAAUGGAUUCGGUUCAAGAAGCUGAAGAAGCACGUCUCGCUCCGAACUUUCGCUGACUUCCUAUCGGACAUCGUGACCGACGCUAGCGAGGCCACACUGUUCACCGAACCGCAGCUGCAACAUCAGCCGCAGUCUCGCAGAGACGUCAAACCAAAAGCUGGAUCCAGAACGCACGAAAGCUACCUUCACACUCACGCUGCUGCGGAGAAUAGCGGAGACACAAACCAUGCCGGUGUAAACAACAAAAGACCAUGCAGGAUUUGUGAUCGCACCGACCAUCGAGUCCGCAACUGUGAGAAGUUCAAGCAGCUGAAAUUGGAGGAUCGUUUGGACGCAGUCAAGAAGUGGCAACUCUGUAAGCUGUGCCUGAAUGAGCACGGGUCUGCCCGCUGCCGGAUGAACUUCAGGUGCAACGUGGGAAACUGCAAGGAGCGGCACAACGCACUUCUGCACAGCGACGUCCCCGCAACGGUCGCCAACUGCAACGCUCACGAUGUGCGGGCCAGACAGCCGGUGAUCUUCAGGAUGAUUCCGGUCACGCUGUACAACGGCGGCAGAUCGGUCAACAUUAUCGCGUUUCUGGACGAGGGAGCUUCGUACACGUUGGUGGACGAGUCCAUCACGAAGUUGCUGAACGUUCGCGGCUCAGUUCAACCGCUGCGCAUUAUGUGGACUGCUGGAGUUUCAAGGCUGGAGAGACAAUCGGAGAACGUGUGCCUGUCGAUCUCUGCAAGAGGGGUGUCGACUCAGUUCCAGAUCAAGAACGCCCACACCGUGAACGAGCUGAAACUUCCGGAACAAACCGUGUGCUUCGCAGACGUCGUCAAGGAGUACAAGCAUCUGCACGAUCUCCCGGUGGCAGAUUACCGCGGCGCGCCGAAGAUCUUGAUUGGCUUGAAGGAUCUUCACCUGUACGCGCCACUCGAGUCUCGGAUCGGCGGCGCUGGAGAACCAAUCGCUGUAAAGUCGAAACUUGGAUGGACGAUCUACGGUCCCCACGAGAACAACGCGCCAGCAACUGGAUUCGUAGGUCAUCAUGUUUGUCACCAAGUCUCUAACCAAGACCUGCAUGAUCUCCUGAAGAACCAGUACCUCCUCGAAGAAACUGGCAUCUCCAUGGCGCUGCUGCCGGAGUCGGACGAGGAUAAGCGAGCCAGGUCGAUUCUGGAGUCAACAACGGUGCGGAUCGGAGAUCGAUACGAAACCGGCCUGUUAUGGAAAGCGGACGACACAAGUUUCCCCGACAGCUACGUGAUGGCGCUGAAAAGGUUGAAAUCCCUGGAAAGAAAGCUGCUGAAGAACGACUCGCUGUACGACAACGUGCGGCGCCAAAUCGUCGAGUAUCAACAGAAGGGCUACGCGCACAAGGCCUCCCAGCAAGAACUGGCUGCGUGCGAUCCGCGAAAGGUGUGGUACUUACCGCUGAACGUGGUGACGCACCCCAAGAAGCCGGAGAAAGUACGCCUCGUGUGGGACGCGGCCGCUACUGUGGCGGGAGUCUCGCUCAACAGCCAGCUGCUCAAGGGGCCGGACAUGCUGACGUCGCUUCCUUCAGUGAUCUUCCGAUUCCGUGAACGUCCUGUCGGAUUCGGUGGUGAUAUCAGGGAAAUGUAUCACCAACUGCGCAUACGGAAGGAGGAUACGAACGCCCAGAGAUUCCUGUUCCGGAACGACCCAACGGCCGAGCCUGAGGUGUACAUCAUGGACGUCGCCACCUUCGGGGCAACUUGCUCGCCGUGUGCUGCGCAGUUUGUGAAAAACAAGAACGCGGAGGAGUUCUCGAAGCAGUAUCCCGCGGCGGCGAAGGCAAUCGUGGAGAACCAUUAUGUCGACGACUACUACGACAGCGUGUCUACGGUCGACGAAGCGAUUCAGCGGGCGAAGGAGGUCAGACUCAUCCACUCGAAAGCGGGCUUCGAGAUCCGCAAUUGGGUGGCAAGUUCAAGCGAGGUUGUCAGCGCGCUGGGCGAGAAGGAAGCCGAUCAGAAAGUUCACCUCAGCCAAAACAAGACGACCGGUUACGAACGAGUGCUGGGCAUUGUGUGGAACACGAGCACCGACGAGUUCUUGUUCUCGGCCGAGAUGAGAGAGGAUCUGGAGCGGUACUUGAAAGGAGAGCUGCGGCCCACGAAGCGGGUGGUGUCGAGCUGCGUAAUGAGCCUGUUCGACCCUCAAGGUUUUCUGAUCUCUUUCACGAUCUUCGGGCGGAUUUUGAUCCAGGAUUUGUGGCGGGCUGGCUGUGAUUGGGACAAGGCGGUCGACGACGAAGCUUGGGAGAAAUGGAAGCGCUGGGUGAGUCGCCUGCAAGAAGUCGAGGGCGUUCGAAUCCCGCGGUACUACUUCCAGGAGCGCACGAUCUGA